ACUGCAGAGAGUUGAGGCACCAUGCAUGGGGGCCAGGGGCUGCUGCUUCUCCUGACACUGCUGGCCAGCUGCCUGGGGGUGCAGGGCCGGAACCAGGAGGAACGCCUGCUUGCAGACCUGAUGCGUGACUACGACCCCCACCUGCGGCCUGCCGAGCGCGACUCGGAUGUGGUCAAUGUCAGCCUGAAGCUCACCCUCACCAACCUCAUCUCCCUGAAUGAGCGAGAGGAGGCCCUCACCACCAAUGUCUGGAUAGAGAUGCAGUGGUGCGACUACCGCCUGCGCUGGGACCCACAAGACUACGAAGGCCUGUGGGUGCUGAGGGUGCCAUCCACCAUGGUGUGGCGGCCAGACAUCGUGCUGGAGAACAAUGUGGACGGCGUCUUCGAGGUGGCCCUCUACUGCAAUGUGCUCGUGUCCCCUGAUGGCUGCAUCUACUGGCUGCCGCCCGCCAUUUUCCGCUCCUCCUGCUCCAUCUCAGUCACCUACUUCCCCUUCGACUGGCAGAACUGCUCCCUUGUCUUCCAGUCCCAGACCUACAGCACCAGUGAGAUCGACCUGCAGCUGAGCCGGGAGGACGGUCAGACCAUCGAGUGGAUUUUCAUCGACCCCGAGGCCUUCACAGAGAACGGGGAGUGGGCCAUCCGGCACCGGCCGGCCAGGAUGCUGCGGGACGCGGCGGCACCGGCUGAGGCAGCGGGCCCGCAGAAGGUGGUGUUCUCCCUGCUCAUCCAGCGCAAGCCCCUCUUCUACGUCAUCAACAUCAUUGCCCCCUGCGUGCUCAUCUCCUCUGUCGCCAUCCUCAUCUACUUCCUUCCUGCCAAGGCCGGGGGCCAGAAGUGUACUGUCGCCAUCAAUGUGCUCCUGGCCCAGACUGUCUUCCUCUUCCUUGUGGCCAAGAAGGUGCCCGAGACGUCCCAGGCAGUGCCGCUCAUCAGCAAGUACCUGACCUUCCUCCUGGUGGUGACUAUCCUGAUCGUCGUGAACGCUGUGGUGGUGCUCAACGUGUCCUUGCGGUCCCCACACACACACUCCAUGGCCCGAGGGGUCCGCAAGGUGUUCCUGCGGCUCUUGCCCCAGCUGCUGCGGAUGCACGUUCGCCUCCUGGCACCGGCGGCUGUGCAGGACGCCCCACCCCAGCUACAGAAUGGCUCUUCCUCGGGGUGGUCGAUCACAACUGGAGAGGAGGUGACCCUCUGCCUGCCUCGCAGUGAACUCCUCUUCCAGCAGCGGCAGCAUCAUGGGCUGGCGAGGGCAGCGCUGGAGAUGCUAGAGAAAGGUCCAGAGACUGGACAGAGUCAGGAGUUCUGCAGCAGCCUGAAGCAGGCGGCCCCAGCCAUCCAGGCCUGUGUGCAAGCCUGCAACCUCAUUGCCCGCGCCCGGCACCAGCAGAGUCACUUUGACAGUGGAAAUGAGGAGUGGUUCCUGGUGGGCCGAGUGCUGGAUCGUGUCUGCUUCCUGGCCAUGCUCUCACUCUUCGUCUGUGGCACUACGGGCAUCUUCCUCAUGGCCCACUACAAUCAGGUGCCCAUCCUGCCAUUCCCUGGAGAUCCUCGCCCCUACCUACCCUCGUCAGAGUGAGCCAACCAAUUGCUGCUGGGCAUGUGGGAGUCAUCUACGUGGGUAACACUGCUGAGGUCGUGACCGUGCUCUUUGGGAAGUGUCCUUCCUGACUGUGGGAGCCAAACAGCCCUGAGAAAAGCCAGAGAAAUAAAGAGACAGAGCUGGAGUCCUGGAGUGGCUGGGGAUGGGCUGUGGUUAGGGUACGUUGUUAAGGUCAGCACCCACGUGGCAUUGCCUAGCUCAUCCUGACACUAACAACUCCCGUUAGCGAACUCCCCUCCCUUCAGCAAAGCUUUAUCAACUCCCAUCAUUUCAAAGCCCGAAGGACUCUGUUUUCUAUGAUGCCACUAACUGGGCAAGGUCCUAACCCUUCAGGCUUGGCACUGGCUCCCCUUUGACAAGUUCUCCCUAAAGGAGGGCAGUCAGGAGAGGCGAGCAGCAUAGCAGCCAGCACUGUCUUGAAAGGGCAGCAGCCCACACCAGCUGGCAUCUCCCUCCCCUGCCUUCUGGGUGCCGUAAGCACCCAGUAUUCACCUGCACCAGUGGUUUUUCCACUCACAUGCAUUUUUUUUUCUUUGCCAUUGAUUACAAAAGAUUUGAGUUUUGUUAUCUUUUUUUAUUGUU